CUAAUUGCAAAGAAAUGGAGGAUAGUGGAGAAGGGGAAGAAAGAAGGUCCAACUGGGCCGAGUUAACUAAUGUUUGCCUCAUCGACAUCUUCUCGCGACUCACUCCUGAGAAUCGAUGGAACAGUGCCAUGUCUGUAUGCAAGUCAUGGCUUGAAGCAUGCAAGGACCCUACACUCAACACGGUCGUUAAUCUCGAACCUCGCUUCGAAUCGACCGAAGACUCGCCUGGAUUGUGGACCCCUGAGUUCGAGCGUCGAGUUGAUGCCAUGCUGCGUUCCAUCGUUGAAUGGAGCGAUGGUUCCCUGAAAGAGAUCCGAGUCAGACACUGCUCUGAUUUCUCCCUCUCUUUCGCAGCUGAGAGGUGUACUGGUCUGGAGAUUCUUUCGAUUAUGAGCAGUGCCCGAGUAACCGAUGAAUGCAUGUCAAGAGUAGCCUUCAAUUGUCCAAAGCUGACUGAGCUUGAUGUUAGCUACUGUCAUGAAAUAUCUCAUGAAUCCUUGGCUUUGAUUGGGAAGAGUUGCCCUAAUCUGAAAACUCUGAGAAGAAACUUAAUGAACUGGUUAGAUCCUUCUCAGUAUACAGAAAUAGUUCCCCUUGACUAUCUGAAUGCUUGUCCUCAAGAUGGGGAUUCUGAGGCUGCAGCAAUAGGGAAGUAUAUGCCUAAUCUCAAGCACCUUGAAAUUAGGUUUUCAAAGAUAACAGUUAAUGGUAUUAAUUUUAUAUGUCAAGGAUGUCCAAGCCUCGAGUAUUUGGACGUUUCUGGGUGUGCUAAUGUUACUGGUGGGGAUAUUGAUAUCGCGGUAGAAAACUUGAAGAACUUGGAGGUUAUCAAGAAGGUUAACUACUAUAUCCCGAGAAUGGCCGUCCAUUUGGAAAGAUAUGGUCAUUGGAGUUUGUAUGAUGCAAGGUUUCAAAUGGAUAAUUUCCGUAUUUAAUCUCCUGAGUAUCUCACCGCUACAAUCAAUGUGUGUUUUCAGUAGCAAUAAGACGAAAGCUUGAACUUCUCUCUGGUUGGUUUCUGUUUGGAAGCUCAGCACAAACUUUGUAUGAUCAAUGUGUAUGUAUGAAUGUUUGGAGGAUUAGUUAUGCCGUCGUUUUGAGUCAA